CUGCAAGUACGACAUAAACGAUGUUCUUCAGACUGGUACAAAACUUAUCUAGGAUCAACAUUUUUUGCUCUGUUCGCUAUGCUGGCGGUUGCCUUCGCCAACCCCAAACCUGACCCAGCAUUGACGUAUGCAGCCCCAGCCGUGCUACCAUUCGGAUAUUCGGCAUACUCACCUCUGGCCUACUCUUCACCUUACGCUGCCGCAGCCACUUAUCCCUACGCCUAUGGAUACUACAUUCGCUAA